GUCACUUCUAAGCGUAAAUGUAAAUAAAAAUAUAUUUGUUCCUGCUUUAAGUCAAGAUUUUGGUAAAUGCAAGGAUAUGAAGGACUUCAAGGCAGUUGCCUCGCCUCGCAUCCGUUCUCUUCGCAGUCGGACACAACAGUGUCGAGUUUGCUUGAAAAAAUCAAACGAAAUGGUCAACAUCUUUGAUGCCACUCCAGAGCAAAACGUUUCUAUUGUGGACCUGUUAUCCCACUUUACAGGAUUUGAGGUAUCUAAGGACGAUCCGUAUCCCGAAACCGUUUGUCCACCGUGCCUGCAGGAUGCCAAGAACACGUUUGAAAUUAAGCAGUCACAUGCAAGGAGCCACCAGAUCUUCCAACAAUUAAAACAGGAUCCCGAAACAGUGGUAGACUUCACAGAGAAGGAAAUUAGUGUCCAAGUUAAGAACGAAAUCACCGACAACUUAUUGGAGGAAUCGGCACCACAGAUAGAAUACUUCCAAAUAGAUGAAUUCCUUUCAGACGAAGUGAUGAACGAGGAGACAGCGGAAAAAUACGUUAAAUACCAAGUGAUGAACGAACCCAUUGAAGACGACUCAUUAGUGGAAGAUUUUGGGAAAAGUUUAGAUUAUGAAAUCGAUCCUUCUUAUUUACGAAAGCAAAAUGACAACAUUAAUGAUGAUAAUUAUGGAAACUGUCCGAUCUUUCUUACCCUAAACGUGGGUUCCAACAGCUUUGCGUUCCAGUGUUCCUCCUGUCCACGGCUUUUCCCAACACAAUCUCAACUGAAAUUACACGAGUACCGACACAAAAAGCCUACCUACAAGUGUCCCUACUGCAAAAUGGCCUUUAUUUACCAGUCGUUACUACAACAGCACGUAAGGAAACAUACUGGGGAACGGCCUUUCAAGUGUUUACAAUGCCAAGAAGAUUUUACAACCCAGCAACAAUAUACGAUACAUUUCAAGAGUCACCCGAAAAUUCCAUUGUUCAAGUGUUCCCACUGCGAACUAGUUUUUAAAAGUCAGAAAGAACUUGAAGAACACAUUGAGAGGGAUACAAUAAAACAAUUGUAUAAUUGUUCUGUCAAGAGUUGUCAAAGAGUUUUCCAUAACAAAAAUGCACUUAAUAACCACUUAAUGAAAAAACAUAACAAAAUAGCUCUCAAGAAAGACAAGCUCCCUGAACAAGUGUUCAAGUGUUCCUACUGCGACAAGUCCUUUAAACGGAAUCAAUCACUUAAAAUACACAAGAAUAAAAAACACCGUGAUGCCGGCGGACUAUGGGACCCCUAACAGAGAUAGACAUAAAAUAAAAAUUAGCGUACAUGUCCAUAGUGCGUCCCUUAAGUGUUUCUACUACCAAAAUAAUAUUUAUCCAAAAUCAUGGACUUGCAGUACACAAAAAAGUCCCUGGGGUCUCCAUAAAAUUAGUCUUGAUAACUAUUUUCUUAGUUAGUAUGGAUGAACAUCGCUUUUCAGGAAACGGCGUUUAAAAGCGAGAAUCUUAAAUUUAAAAUAAAAUCUUACGGAAAAAGAGCUGUGAAAGUGUUUCCAUUGUGUAGUCACAUCUGAACUGACUGA